AUGGAAGAAUGGGAAGAGUAUGAAAAAGAAGGAGAUGAGGAGGAAGAUGAGGAAAUAAGAGAAUAUGAUAACUAUGAUACAUCUUCCAUACCUUUUUCCUAUUUAAAUGUCUCUUUACCUACAUUGACACCUACCUUCCCCACCACAUUCUCCAGCUCCUUUCUGUUUCAGUGCACUGAGGAAGAGGGGUAUGCUUCAGGAAUUCUGACCCCUCAGAAAGCUCAGAGUUCCAUUGCAUCCACAUUUCAAAGAACUUUAGAUGAAGAAAAUAACCACACAGAGGAUGAAGAGAGUCCAGGCAUUAUCCAGUCUUCAAAAGACACUCAAUCUUUGUUGAAUAGUCAACUAAAAGAAAAGAUGACCGAUUUAGUAUAUGCUAUGAUUUUCAAGUACCAAGUGAAGGAACCUAUCACAAAAGCAGAAAUGUUAGAGAUUAUCAGCAAAGAGUACAGGAAACAAUUCCACGUGAUCUUUAUGGAUGCAUCUAAGUGCCUAUACAUGCUUUUUGGCAUUGAUAUAAAGGAAGACUAUGCCAUAAGAAACUCCUAUAACUUUGCCAAUUCACUGAACCUCACCUAUGAAGAAAAGCUUAGUGGACAUCAAAGAAUGCCUAGAAAUGGCUUUCUUAUAUUUAUUCUUGGCUUGAUAUUCAUAGAAGGGAACUGUGCUUCUGAAGAAAGUAUCUGGGAAUUCCUGAAUACAAUGGGAAUAUAUGAUGGGGAAGUGCACCCCAUCUAUGGAGAGCCCAGAAAAUUUCUGACAAGAGACUUGGUACAACAAAAUUAUUUGACAUAUCAGCAGGUGUCUAACAGUCAUCCCCCAUGCUUUGAGUUCUUGUGGGGUCCAAGAGCUCAUGCUGAAACAACCAAGAUGAAAGUUCUGGAAUUUUUGGCAAGGAUCAAUGAACGUGACCCACUUUCUUUUUUAUUUUUGUAUGAAGAGGCUUUAAGAGAAGAGGAAGAGAGGGCCUGGGCCCAAAGUAUGUCUCCAAAUAUAAGUCAAGUCACAUUGACCUCAGGGCAUACAUUUCCAGCUUGUACUCAGAGUGAUGGAUUUGUUUUUUAA